AUGGACUUCAUGAUGGGGGUCAGGCAGGCCCACAGAAAUGUGAGGCUACUGUUAGCCUACAUCCUCUUUAUUUCUGUUUAUGGACAAACCUCAGGACCAUAUUUCAUGGUGACAUUUCCUGCAGUAAUCGAGUCUGGCUCUGAUGCUAAGUUCUGUGUGAGUCUUUUGAAGCCAAAUGAGGCUCUGCAACUGAACAUUUAUCUGGUUCACAACAACCAGUGCAGAACUCUUUUGCAAGAGACAGUGGAAAAGGAGAUUCACCACUGCUCUCAUUUUGAGGCUCCACAGGUUGAACAUGCAUCAGUGCAGGAGAUCAAAGUAGAAGUCAAAGGUGAACGCUUUAAGAUUACAGAGAAAAGGAAAGUGAUGUUUAAAUCCUACAACACAUUGGUAUUUAUUCAGACUGAUAAACCAAUCUACAAUCCAGGCCAAACAGUGAAUUUCAGAAUUGUCUCUAUGGAUUCUAAUUUUAUUCCAAUUAAACAAAAGUACAGCUCAGUAAUUCUUGAGGAUAAUCAUCGUAACAGGAUUGGGCAGUGGACGAACGUGUCCUCAACAGGCCUGAUACUGCAGCUUUCUCAUGAGCUAAAUGCUGAAGCUCCACAAGGCUAUUAUUCAUUGACUGCUAAAAUUGAAAACAGGUUGAUCACACACCAAUUUAAGGUGGAAAAGUAUGUUUUACCCAAGUUUGAGAUUACAAUAAAAGCACAAGAAAAGCACAGCAUUGGUGAGGAGGAACUGAAUCUGGAGGUUUGCGGAAAAUACACUUAUGGGCAGCCAGUACCUGGUGCAGCACUGGUGCAAGUGUGUCAUAAAUUUAUACAACCUUAUGGUCAUCAUUUUGGUGCCCCAUUGAUUUCACCAUGCCUGAUUGAAACAGUGAAGAUGAAUCAGACUGGUUGUGCCCUCCUUAAACUGAAUAUAUCAGCUUUCAUAAAUUCUGAAUUUCAAGGUAAUUUUGAGGAACGUCUUGACGCUACUGUUACACUGACAGAGGAAGGAACAGAAUUGUCCAUUGUAAAAUCUGUAAUCAUAAAGCUCACUUACCAAAUUGGUCAAGUGGAACUUUUGGAUUUACCAAAACACUUUGAACGGGAAAGAGUUAUAGAAGGAGGAAUUAAAGUUACAACCUUCAGUGGAACACCAGUUCCGAACAAGAAGGUUUAUCUUUUGGAAGGUUACUGGCCUGACAAGAUACUACUCAAUCUCACUACAGGUAGUAAUGGAUUGGCAAACUUCUCAGUUGCUUCACCUGAACCUCCUACUCCAGAGAUAACAUUGAGGGCAAAUGUCCAUCCAGAGGGAAAUUACCAAGGACACAAAGCACCAUUCUUUACACCUGCUGUUGCACGUAUACAACUGCUCCAACCUGCCACACCUUACAAUCCAGUAUUCAGUGAACUGUCAAUAGAGAGCUCAGAGGAACUGUUUAAGUGUGGUACUGAAAUUCCCAUAACUGUUAAUUAUUAUAUUGUUGGGGAAACUACUGAAAAAUACAGCAUUGACAUUAUAUACAUGGUCUUAUCUAAAGGAGCCAUAGUCCAUCAUGGGCAUGAAAAAGUUGAAGUGGAAGACUCUACAGAUGUCAGAAAAGGCAAAAUCUCAUUCAAACUAUCUGUUGUUGCUGAGCUGGCUCCUGUACUGCAGGUUCUGGCAUACUCUCUCCUGCCCAGUGAGAAUGUCAUUGCUGCUAGCAAGAAUUUUAAUGUGGAAAAAUGUUUCAGAAAUAAGGUUUCGCUACAGUUCUCUCCCUCUAAAGCAGUUCCUGGUGAGAAAAACACUGUUGAGCUCACGGCUCAUCCUGGUUCACUGUGUGGCCUCAGUGUUGUAGAUCAGAGUGUGUUCAUCUUGGAGUCUGGAGCACGCCUAAACACUGAAAAGAUAUUUAAUUUGUUGCCGGUGACAACGGUAUCGGAUUACCCCUAUCUCGUCAAAGAUAAUCUGGAGUGCUUGUAUGUUAGACAUCGACGGGCUGUACCGAUUGACCAUGCUUACAAUACAUUAAAGGGAGUGGGGCUCAAGGUGGCAACAAAUUUGGCUGUUGGAGUACCACAGUGUGUGAUAUAUAAAGGCAUACAAUUUCAUCGCAGGUUUGGAUAUUAUUACGGUACAUCCAGGCCCUUUUUGGCAUCAAAUACUUUGGGUGUUCCAGCACUUGGCGCAGCUUCUCCAUAUAAUGAGCCCAUUGAGACAGUUCGUAAAUUCUUCCCGGAGACUUGGAUAUGGCAACUGUCUGAAGUUGGGAACUCUGGAUCAGCACAUCUUCCUGUCACUGUUCCUGACACCAUCACCACUUGGGAGACAGAAGCUUUCUGUGUUUCCUCUGUGGGUCUGGGACUGGCUCCUCCUGUUCAGCUCACAGUAUUUCAGCCCUUCUUCCUGGAGCUCUCAUUGCCCUACUCCAUUAUUCGGGGAGAGGUUUUUGAGCUGAAGGCCACUGUCUUCAAUUAUCUUUCCAAAUGCAUUAUGGUUAAAGUGACUCCAGCCCCCUCCUCAGACUACACUCUGAAGCCCUCUUCUGAUGGCGAGUAUACAUCCUGUCUGUGUGCAAACGGCAGAACAACCUUCAAAUGGACUCUGAUUCCCACUGUGCUUGGAGUCUUGAAUGUGACAGUGAGUGCAGAGGCAGAACAAUCCCAGACUGUGUGUGACAAUGAAAUCGUGAGUGUCCCAGAGAGAGGCCGUAUUGACACAGUUACACGGAGUCUGAUUGUACAGGCUGAAGGAACUGAGAAGGUGAAGAGCCAGAGCUGGUUAUUAUGUCCACAGGGCAACAGUGUUUCAGAGGAGCCGGAGCUGAUUCUUCCUCAAGAUGUAAUAGAGGGAUCAGCACGAGCUUCUGUUUCAGUAAUUGGAGACAUACUUGGGCGUUCAUUAAAAAAUCUGGAUGGGUUGCUUCAGAUGCCAUAUGGCUGUGGAGAACAAAACAUUGCUCUCCUUGCUCCCAAUAUCUACAUUCUUCAGUAUCUAGAGAACACUGAGCAGCUCACCACAGCUAUCCGUGAGAGGGCUACUGGCUUCCUUAAGAGUGGAUACCAGAGGCAACUUAACUAUAAACAUUUGAGUGGUGCAUACAGUACAUUUGGCAGGGGAGAGGGGAACACGUGGUUAACUGCUUUUGUUUUGAGGACAUUUGGCAAAGCACAACGUUACAUCUUUAUUGAUCCAGAAAGCAUUAAUAGUGCAAAGCAAUGGCUUUUAAGUAAGCAGAGAUCAGAUGGCUGUUUUAUACGCCAAGGGCGUCUCUUCAAUAACAGAAUGAAGGGUGGUAUAAAUGAUGAUGUGACUAUUACUGCCUACAUCACUGCAUCAUUGCUUGAAUUGGGUAAUACUGUCCAGGAUCCUGUUGUAAAUAAUGGACUGUUGUGCCUCAAGUCUUCUACUGGUAACCUGACAAACACCUACACCACUGCACUGUUGGCCUACACUUUCAGUCUGGCUGGAGAGAAUAAAAUUCGGGAGCAGCUACUAAAACAGCUUGAUAGUGUUGCCAUUUCAGGAGAUGGUCGUCUUCAUUGGUCUCAGUCAGCAUCGGAUGACUCCGGCGCAUUGUCAGUGGAAAUCAGCUCCUACGUUCUUCUAGCUGUUCUCACUGAAGGUCAGCUCACUGCUGCUGAUUUGGGUUAUGCUAAUAGGAUAGUCAGCUGGCUGGUGAAACAGCAAAAUCCUUAUGGAGGCUUUUCCUCCACCCAGGACACAGUUGUGGCCCUCCAAGCUCUGGCGCUGUACUCCUCUAAAGUAUUCAGCUCAGAUGGCUCUAGUACAGUAACUGUAAAGUCAGCAGAUGGAGACAGUCACAACUUUGAUGUGAACCAGAACAACAAGUUACUGUACCAAGAAAGAUCAUUGCAGAAUGUUCCUGGAAAAUACAGCAUUGAUGUGAAGGGCUCAACCUGUGUGUCAGUACAGAUAGCACUUUUCUACAAUGUCCCCGUACCUAAAGAAUCCAGUACACUGAGCAUCACAGCGAAGACUGAAGGAAACUGCACAAAAUCAUUUGGACAAACUUUGUCCAUCAAGUUCACUGUUGGAUAUACUGGGUCAUUUAGCAGCACUAACAUGAUCAUAGUGGACAUAAAACUCUUAUCAGGGUUCACAGCAGAUCCUGGUGAACUGAAAAAUACCAUUUUUGUGGAACGGGUUGAUUCUAAAAAUGACCAUAUUAUCACAUAUAUCAGUGAGCUCCCAAAGAAUAUUCCUAUCAACUAUAAGCUACACACUAAACAGGUGCUUCCUGUCAAGAAUCUCAAGCCAGCGGUGAUCAAAGUUUAUGAUUACUACCAAACAAGUGACUAUUCAGAGGUGGAGUACACCUCCCCGUGUGUGUAG